AUGAAACAGAGCCCCUGGAUGAGCUUGAUUGCAAAUGAAAGCGGAACAAGCUGGAACAAUGACAGAAAUCUCCUCAAAUCACCGGGGCUUAAUUUUGCGACAAUGCACUUAACUGGAAGUCUUUUACGAUUGAAGGUUGCAGCAUGGGGUCGCAUUAGACUCAUCAAUGCGACAUGCUUCAAUACACAGAUCUAUGUUGGGGUUGACGUUCGUUGCCAUGGCCCUCAGUGCGCCGCCGUUCGGGUGCGACGAAUUCCCAAGUCAACAAACGACACUGCACGCACUGUCCUACACAGGAUUAGAGGUGGUCCAGCCAAUGUGUUCGUCGCGUACAUGAGCACUUUCGUCCGCGCCGGUCUAUCACUCUACGAUCUCGCAGAAGACCGUCAAGUCAAACCUUACGCCUCAGCGAUCGAGACAUACUUCAUCGAACCAGAUACACCCUACGCGCCGAUCGGGAUCCGUUCAGGGAACGGGACUGACGUCUAUCCGAUAGGUGAGGUGGCGUACUCUCAAAGACUCUCGCAACUCCUCAACACAUUUUGGCUUGCGUCAGUUGCAUUGCAUAAUAUUACCGGUACCUUCAAUUUCCGUGCCGAGAACUAUACACGUCCAACUCUAGAGCCACAGAUUCUAAUGAGUAUCCAAAAUGGUACCGGGAUGAGAGUUCCUGACCACGGUGAUAAGGACUGGCUGUUCACUCUGUUUCUCGCUUUUGCGGGCAUGCUCCUCUCAGGUAUCGCCACCAUACUUUUUAACUAUUUGAGACGGGGACCUGAUAUCUUGGACUAUUCUGCCUUCUCUUCAAGAGACAGCCCAUACGUUAAUGUUGCCUCAAGUCAGCUCGGGUCGGUGGAAGAUGUUAAUGAGCAGGUUAGGAAAAACAGACAUGUGCUUGCGUGCGUUGGAGACGUCAAUCUGACUGGCGAUAUGGGUCAUCUGGGCUUUGCAACGUUGGACAAAGCCAUCCCAGUGGGCGCUCAGAAGGCUGAGCGAGUUUACGAUUGA